ACACAUGCAAACAAACAACGUCCAGCAGGAACGUGAGUGUCUGCUCCGUAGGAAACGAGGGCCGCGCUCAUCUCCAAGCUUGUGAAACCUUCAGCGGAUGGCGCUUCACCGCCGGCACCACACCAGUGUGUCACGUCUGUGAGGAGACGCAACAGCAGCAGCCGGUGAAGAAAGAGAAGUGGCACAGGAAGUGAGCGCGAAAACGAAAACGUCGACGCUCAAAGAGUCAAACUCCUUCAGACCAGCUGGCGCCGCGCGGCCGACGGUUCCUCUGCAGAGUUCUGGCCGGUGAGUCGAGCAGGCAGGAGGGAGGCCUCGGGUCCGGUCUGCUGAGGAGGCUCUCAUCCAGGAAGUCGAAGCAGCGCAGCAGCCAGCGACCUCAAGAGGCCAAUGAAAUGGGGGGAAGUGGAGACGACAGCGGCCCGGGGAGGCUGAGCCGCACCCUGUCCCGCCUGGGACGAGGCCACCAGGCCCGGGACCCCCCCAGACCCCCAGCUCAGCCCGAGAGACCUCCUGCUGCGCCCAGCCGGCCUGUUCAGCCAGAUGACCGUCCUUCUCCCCCGGCUCCGGCUCCGGCUCCGGCUCCGGCUCCGGCUCCGGCUCCGGCUCCUCUGCCCCCACCCGUGGAAACGCCACCUAAACGCCCAGAAAAAGCCACAAAGCCCAAACUUCCCCCUCGGCCGCUGUCCAAGGUGUUCAGCAACACCAAGCAUGGAUCAGAUGUGUUGCAGGGCUUUGAUGCUUUUCGGGCAGACACAACUCUCUGUGACGUCGUCUUGGUCCCUGGGGACAGCGGGGACUCCUUCCCAGUCCACCGAGUCAUCAUGGCGUCGUGCAGUGACUAUUUCAAGGCGAUGUUCACAGGAGGCAUGAGGGAGCAGGAGAUGAGAGAGAUCAAGCUGCACGGGGUCACCAAGACGGGUUUGAAGAACAUCAUAGACUUCAUUUACACAUCCAAGGUCUGCCUGGACAUGAGCAACCUCCAGGACACUCUGGAGGCUGCCAACUUCCUGCAGGUCAUGCCCGUCCUGAGCUUCUGCAAUCAGCUUCUGAGCAGCGAGAUCACGAUCGAUAACUGUGUGGAGGUGGAGCGCAUCGCCACAGACCUGCUCCUGAAGGACGUUCAGCUGAACAUCGGUCAGUUUGUGAGCCAGAACCUCUCCGAGUUGGUGGAGUCCGGCCGCUACCUCCAGCUCUCUGCAACCAGCAUGGCCAACGCUCUGUCCAACAACUCCCUGAAGGGCUUCUCUGAGAUGGAGCUCUACCACAUCACCAGAGGGUGGCUGGACCACGACUCGCCCGGUCGACGCUCCUCCGUCUACGCCCUGAUGCGCCACAUUCGCUUCCCGCUGAUGAGCCCCGGCGAGCUGAUCCAGAUCUCCCAGGAAGACGAGGAGGGGGGGCACUCCGUGAUGCGCUCCGAGGCGGCCUGCGUCAACCUCCUGCUGGAGGCCAGCAACUACCAGAUGAUGCCUUUCAUGCAGCCGGCUCUGCAGACCGAGCGGACGCGGAUACGCUCCGACGACACCCACAUCCUGGCUCUGGGCGGCGUGAUGCGGCAGCAGCUGGUGGUGAGCCGGGAGCUGAGGCUGUACGACGAAAAGACCGGCCAUUGGAGGGCCCUGAAGCCCAUGGAGGUGCCACGCUACCAGCAUGGCGUGGCUCUUCUCGGCGGCUUCCUCUUUAUCGUUGGAGGCCAGAGCACCUACGACACCAAGGGUAAGACGGCCAUCGACACCGCGUACCGCUACGACCCGCGCUUCGACAGGUGGCUUCAGAUCGCCUCGCUCAACGAGAAGAGGACCUUCUUCCACCUGAGCACGCUGAAGGGGAAACUGUACGCGGUCGGGGGAAGGAAUGCGUCGGGAGAGAUCGACACGGUGGAGAGCUACAACCUGAAGAAGAACGAGUGGACCAACGUGUCCAACAUGGUGGAGCCUCACUACGGGCACGCCGGCACGGUCCACGGGGACCUCAUGUACGUCUCCGGUGGCAUCACCCGCGACACGUUCCAGAAGGAGCUCUGGUGCUACGACCCCGCCGCCGACUCGUGGAGCCGGCGAGCCGACAUGAAGGAGCUCCGCGGCCUGCACUGCAUGUGCACCGUCGGCGAGCGGCUCUACGUCAUGGGCGGGAAUCACUUCCGGGGCAGCAGCGACUACGACGACGUCCUGGGCUGCGAAUACUACAGCCCGGACUCGGACCAGUGGACGGUGGUGGCGCCGAUGUCUCGGGGCCAGAGCGACAUCGGCGUGACGGUGUUCAACGGGCAGGUCUACGUGGUGGGAGGGUAUUCCUGGAACAGCAGGUGCAUGGUGGACAUUGUGCAGCGGUACGAUCCGGAGCAGGACGUGUGGGACCGGGUGUUCAACGUGCUGGAGCCUCUGGGGGGGAUUCGAGCCUGCACGAUGACCGUCCAUCUGCCGGAGGGGUCGGUGGACGAGGCUCAGAUGCAGGAGGGGCCGCUGCCUACAGCCAAGAGCUGAUACUGCACCACAGACUGGGGGGGUUUCCGAUUCACCUGCAGCCUCAACAAUACAGGAAACUGUGGGUUGCAGGCAUGAGCAGGUGCUAGCGUGGCUACUUCUCUAACAUUAGCGUUCAACGGUUUGCGCCUCUUUAUCAGACUUUACUAUUUCUAUCAAGACAUUUCCUGUCUUUGCUUUUAUUGUCAGCCAUGAAGCCUCCGCUUGUGUGCUUUCUCUCUCAGCUUGUAAAAGGAAACAAAGCGUCCCAUUGGCUGGACAUCGCUCCAUUGGACUUUAUCGCUGUUUUACAGGCUGAAGCAACGUGAAGAGAUCAACUUGAGUUCUUUCUCUGCAGUUUCAGUUUGUAAAAAGGAGAUAAAAGGACGUUGAACCUCAGAAGCGCUUCAAAUUGACCUCCGGAAGUAAACUAAAUAGUUUUUGGUGUCCACACAGCUUCUGAUUUCAGGGUGAAAACAAUGUGACCAAAAAAUAAAGCUGGCAUUAUUUUGAUCUUUUCAUCACUAAUAAUCUCACAACUCGAGACCAAAACAAGGAUGACCUUAUCCCGCUAACAAGCGCCGUCUGUUUCCCUCACAAGCGUCCAGGCGAAGCGUCAAGUCAUGAGAGGCAAGAAUGACAGGAAUUUGGAAAUUCCGUCUGUUAAUGAGACGCGUGAAGGCCAUUUUUAUUUUGAAAAUAAAACCGCGAUGAGCGAAUACAGAAGUUGUGUUUUGUAUAUUUAUGCAAUGUUUUUAAAGAUGAAAAUAAACUGUUGAUGUCA